ACUUCCGAGUAUCAAGUCACUUGUCAAGUGCAUCCCAUUUAAGGAGUUACCGUAUGGCCCGUGUGCGGCUCCUGUUAACCGUGUUUGAGGUGAUAACAACAUUUCUCAUUGCCGUUAAAUCCGUUGAAGUUGUUGCUGACACUGCGUCUGAGAACUUGGCCAGAAACAUGAAUGCUUCUCAGUCGUCGACGGCUGGACAUUAUGGCGCUGCUCUCGCUGUUGAUGGAGAUUACAACAGUUCGUUCUCGGGUGGUUCUUGUACACACACAGCGUCUGCUGAUAUCCACCCGUGGUGGGUGGUGGACCUGCGGCAGACGGCAGUGGUCAAAGAGGUCGUCAUUUACAACCGACAGGACUGUUGUGCUGAGCGCCUCCAUGACUUUUAUAUUGAAAUUCUACAGAGUGGUGGACAUCCCACGCCUUCCCUCUGUCAUCACCAAAUACCAGCCUUGGGGAAAUCUGCCGCGUUUCUCUGUAAUCCACCCUUGAAAGGGCGGUACGUGAAAAUCAGGAAAGAUAACGUGCGAGACUCAAAAGAUAUUCUUACACUGUGCGAAGUUGAAGUCAAUGGUGACAUUAUAACAACUGCAGCUCCUCCAGCUUCGACAACCACUGACGCAGGUUUAACAAUGGGUGAACUUUUUGAAAGUGAAGGCCAAGAAUCUAGUACUUUAGUUAAACUCCACUGCACGACAAUGACAGAAAAAGCAGCCGACUUCAUCGUGCUAAACAGCUUGUCGUCACGGAAAUCAACUAUGGAAUCCAAAGAUGAUACAGUGAAAUUUGAGAAUGUUGGCUAUUCACAAUCGAAGGAUAAACAAGGAUAUGACAACAUGGUCUUUUCCAUGGAAGAGAAUACGAUAUGA